AUCAUCACCACAACCAUUUCCAUUCCACGGCUCUUGACUGGCGUUGACGCGUCUUUUCUUUAUUUCCCACUCUUCCUCACCUUCUGAUGAUGAAGGCAUCAUGCCGCGCCUCCGAGGGACGAGAUAUCUGACCUGCUUCUACUGCGGCAAGCGGUCCAACACUAAGUUUGAUGGCGUCACUCAUGACUUUCUCUGUUUGUAUUGCGAUGCAAGAAACUACCUGGACGAGAAUGGCGACAUCACCGAUCCUCCUGUAGCGACCGAACGCGAAGCCCCAGCGACGCUCUAUGCGGCCCCUCGAGCAUCCUCUCCGGCGGCAUCCCAAGACAGCAUCUUCUGUGCAACAUGCCUCAAGAACCAGCGCCUCUUUACAUUAUCCCUCGCUCAGUAUCUCCCAGACGACCCGUCUCACCCAGACUAUCCCGAACUCGAACGCAACUACUACCGCUUCCGCAAGGGCGUCGAGGAGCGCUACCCACAGGUGUGCGAUGAGUGCGCCGAGCGGGUUGAAGGCCGGAUCGUCCAGGCGGGGUACACGGCCAAGACGGACCACCUACGACGGAUGAUGGAAAGGAGUCGCGGAAGGAGAGAUGGCUCUGGAAAAACAACGACCCUGGACUGGGCAAACAGCCUGGGACGAGGACUGUGGUGGGGAGGGCUUGUCUUCCAGAUGCUGUGGCAUUUGAGAGUCAUCUCUAACGUGCUGGAGCGCCGAGACGAAGGGAUGUACGAUCCGGAUGACAUGAGCUGGCCUACAUUGGCGACAAUCUGUCUGGUUUGGGUUGUUGCAUUCCUCCCACCGGCCGAUACCCUGAUCAACGGAGCGCUCAUGGCAAGCAUCCUGUCCGCAUGGUGGAACCCCAAGUUUGUGCAAGUCAGCCGCGGCUUCACCAGGCAUCUUCUGGGCUUUACGCAGUGGUAUUCGUUCCAAGGUCUCAUAGUCUUCUUCCGGUUCCUGUUUCGUCGUGUCCUCGAGAUGGAUGGUGGCAAGGCCCAGUCAAGGGGUGCUCAGUUGAGCGCGCACAUGGUCAUGGCCAUUGUCAUGAAUUUGAUUCACAUCUUGGCCCAGAGAUCUAUCCGUAUCGACACCACGCCGUUGUUUGGAACCCAUAGCACCACUGUGUCGCCGAAGCAGUUCAAGACAAAGGCAAAGCCGGAGCGGAGGAGGGAGGAACCGAAGACGUUUUCGGAUCUCCUGAAUGAGGCCCUCGAUGAGCCAGCCGCGCCACCACAACAAGACACGUUCAACCGCCCUCUGAUGAAUUCCCUACCACAGCCGUAUCCGCGCAACAAUCCUAUUCAGACACGGGAAAGCCCGCUUACUGGACUGGGCUCCUUAGGCAUCUCGCAAACCCCUCGAAGAACCCAGGAACCCCAAUACUCUGACGAAAUGGACUGGACUCCCACCCAAUCACAUGAGUCCCCUCAUCGUGCCUUUCGCGACAUGCCCGGACCGACGAGAGCUUUUGGAGCGGCGCCGCUGAAACCUGAAGGCAGCCCGUUUUGGUACAAAGUCCCCCCUGCACCGACAAACCCAGCCCAGCGCCUGCGGAACCCAAAUGCGCCCAUAUUGAGGAGUAAGCCGGUUGAAGAAGAGAGCGUUUUCUUCCGAGCUAGUGACAGGACACAGACAGAGGCGAAGAAGGAGGAUGCAGCUAAUGUCGCUUUCAAGCAACCUAGCUUCUUUGCACCGGCCACAGAGAAUGACGAGGCCAAUUCACUGGCCGAUUUAUUGAACCAGAGCUUCAGCUUGAGCCAAGAGAAUCCCCAGCCUGCCUCAACAACCAGAGCCCCAAGAUGGACACCCGCACGUCAACAUUCCGACUUUCAAAUCCAAAGUCCUCUCGGGGUUGAAUUAAUCAUUCUUGCCUGCCUCCUAGCCCUGUGGCUGCUGACUGUCGUCGUGUCUGUUCCUUUCGGCAGGGAACUGCAACUAGCGGUUCUCUCUGCCGCCGGGACAAUCGCUCUCCGCGUCACAGGCGAGACGAGCCAAGAGACGAAAGAGGAAGAAGCCCCUAGCACCGCAACAUACGUGGGUUCUGUUCUUAGCGUCAUCGAACUUGCGGCUGUUUGCUGGCUCGGCUGGGAGGUUUGGAAGAGCGAGAUGGACACCAGCCGAUAUGGCACGGGAGUGUUGGUUAGCAUGUUGGGGCACCAAUUUUGGAACAACAUCAUAUGACUUUGCGAAGGGGCCGGAGGCCAGUAGGCUGUUUAUAAGAGUUGGAAUAUUAGAAGGCGGUAUAUACUUUGGAUGUAGAAGAUUGGCGUUUGGGAAGCAUAGAUGGCGUUAGAGUGGUUGUCCUAGCUCUUGGCCUUAUUGGCGGGUCAGUACUAGAUGGGUAUUGGACUUCUAGGAUGAAGCAUUGAACAGAAUAACCUAAACACGUUUCGUCGAGCGAGUUUUAACUCGCCGAUGUCCCAGAACUCCUGGUCCACGACCUCCCGUUGCCCCUCAAUGACC